AUGCCUAAGCAUGGAAUACUAAGUUGUUUGGGCGGAGGUGCUCUCUACCUUCUUGGCUGGUUCUGUGACAGUGAUGCAGAUAAUCUUCAAUCGGACCUUCGGAUUAGGAAGUUGAAGGAUUUGGAGAGAUUGUUGAGAUAUGAACAUAGAUUGGUGGUCGCAAUUCGUGGAAAAGUUUUCUCGGAAACUCCCAUCAACUCUGAACUUAGUGGUUUACAAGGUGUAGUUGUGGAGCAAAGGGAAGAACAAUAUUUUCUGAAACGCAUCAAGGAUGAUGAAUGGAUGAAGGAUUAUAAAUUCACGACUUCUGCCACAAAAGAAGUUCCAUGGUAUUUGGAUGAUGGGACUUUUCGUGUGAAUGUGGUGGGAGCUCGAAGAGCCAGAGGCUUUGAGUACCUAGCUGAAAAUGCAGUAUUUGAAGGAUCAAAGAGAAGCUGGCCCCAGAUUGAGACAUUAGCUUAUCUCAAAAACCUUCCACUUAUAACAAAAGGGAAGAAAAGAUCACAAGGUUUGCCUUACUUUAUUAGCAAUCUUUCUAUAUACAAAACUUCAUUGGUUUUCAAGUAAUAUGAUUGCUAAUUUGGCUUAGAUCCUUGGAGUGAAACGAAUUGAGCGGGUACUUCCAGUUGGUACUUCUUUGAGUGU